AAGAAGCUUACAAUUUUAAUAUAAGAGAUCGAAGAAGGCGCAACCGAGAGCGCGUUCCCUCUUUUGUAUACUAUACUAUGCGAGUCCUCAGCCUCCUCAGAGCGCGGAGAGGAGGAGGAGGAGGAGGGGGCGGCGGAGGAAACCCUAGCGUGAUCCGCGCCACCGCCGACGCGGAGGAGGGGGAGUGGUGCGGAGGCGGAGGCGCCGGGGCCGGGGACGACGACGGCCCGUUCUUCGACCUCGAGAUCGCGGCGGUGCCCUUCUUCGAGGAUCGGAGCCUGUCGGCGGAGUCGGAGCCCGAGUCCGAGGGGGAGGGGGAGGGGGACGGCGCCGCGCUCGACUUCGUCAUCUCCUCCGACAAGCUCUUCGCCCGCGCCCGCGCCCGCGGCGGCGGCGGCGCCGAUUCCAAGCUCGGGAUCGCUUCGAACGCCUCCGACGCGAGCCCUAAGCCCCAGUUCCCGGCCUCCCUCUUCCGAUCCGCCGCUCGGCUGCGCGUCUUCCGACUCGGGUUCAAGAAGCCGAAGCCCCCAUCGACGACGCCGCCGCCGCCGCCGCCGACGACGACGACGAAGCCGAUCCGGGGUGAGGGCGUGCUCCUCAAGCUCCGGGUGGUCGAGGAGGUCCCCGUCGCCGUCGCCGCGCUCCUCGCGCGCGACCACAGCUCGCGGAGCUCCGUCGACGCGUCGCCGCCGUCGUCGUCGGAGGAGCGGCGGUCCUCCCACCGCGUGAUCGAGAGGUGCCUGAGCAAGAUAAAGCCGAUCCUCCACGCUAGGGUUUCGAGGGGCGAUGCCGCCUCCGCCGCUCCCCCCGCGGAGUCCCCGGCCCGGUUCAGGGUCGUCGCGCGGCGCCUCCGGAAGAGCCGGUCGGCGUCCUCCGCCGUGUCGGCGGCGGUGCGGUCGCCGGCGCCGGUGAGGAGAGACGACUCGCUCCUCGAGCAGCAGGACGGGAUCCAGAGCGCCAUCGCCCACUGUAAACGCUCGCUCUGCGCAGGGUCGGAGUUACCGCUGGUCCGGUCCAGGAGCGAUCCGGGCGACGGGAAACGUAACGGCGUUUGAGGCCAUCACCACCCCCACCGUUUGUUCGAGUUUUUUUCGUUGAGAACGGACGUGGAAACUUCCCCCCACCCAUGACCCAACCAAAAAAGAAAAAAAGAAAAAAAAGAAAAACCAUGACUCUUUAAAAUGUGUGUUUGUUCAGUAGAAGAAGCGUGACUAAAAGAGCUCUUUUUAGCACUUGUUGACGUACCCGUGUGUGUGUGUGUGUGUGUCUUUUUUCUUUCUCUUUUAUUUUUUUAUUUUUUUCAAAUUCCUCUUCUCUUUUUCUCUCUUUUAUAGAAAGAUUAGUAUGGCGUGCUGUGUAAUUAGGUAGUUUUUUCUUUUGAAGCUGAUGUUGUUUAUUUCC